UCCAUCCUAUUCUACCUACAAAUACUCUGGCGAUCGAUCGAUCCUGCUUCCUGCCCAGCAAAUCAAUCAAGCAAAAGUGCAGAAUCAAACUAGAACGCGAUCGAUGCUCGAGACCAUCUGCCUCCUCCUCGCCUACAAGCUCAAGUACCCGGGCGCCUUCUUCCUCCGCGGCAACCACGAGUGCGCCGCCGUCAACAAGCAGUACGGCUUCUACUCCCAGUGCGCGUCCCGCGGCCCGCGCGUGAGCCACGCCGAGGGCACGUCCCGAGCAUACAAGCUCAGGUACCCGGAGAGGCUCUGGGAGGAACUCAACGCCGUCUUCGCCUGCCUCCCGCUGGCGGCGCUCGUCGGCCGCGAGGGCGGCGGGGAUGGUAAGGACAAGAAGAAGAUCCUGUGCGUGCACGGUGGGCUCUCGCCGGAGCUGGAGAGCCCGGACCAUAUCCGCGAGAUCAAGCGCCCGCUGGCCGACGUCCCCGACUCCGGGCUCGUGUGCGACCUGCUGUGGUCGGACCCCGCCGCGGACGGCGACAACUGGGGGUGGGGGGACCCGCGCAGGUGCACGUCCUUCACCUUCGGCGCCGACGUGGUGGAGGAGUUCUGCGAGAGGCACGGGCUGGCCAUGGUGUGCAGGGCGCACGAGAUGAAGGAGGGCGGGUAUGACCAAGAGUUCGCCGGCGGGAAGCUUGUGACCGUGUUCUCCGCGCCCAACUACUGCGGCAAGUGCGGCAACGACGGCGCCAUCAUGACGGUCGCCGGUGACCUCGCCUGCUCCUUCCGCGUCUUCCACCCUGAUACUGCCGCUACUCCUCCUCCGGCUCCUAUUUAUCUUCUUUAG